AUGAAAGAUCCAGCUAAAUUCCCUCUACUUCAUCUACCACUUCUUGCUAUAAAAGAAGUUUUAAGCACACUGAGUCCAUUAGAUCUUGUCAACUUCUCCCUGGCCUCUUUAAAGUCCAAAAAAGUUGCAAAGUACUUUUUUAAUCAGCACCUGAGCUGUGGAUAUAGAUUGUGGUUAGGUAUUGACGAAGAGCUCAGAGUGGGAAUCAUUGGAACAGAAAACAUUUAUUACUUUAGGUUAAUAUCUGACAAAACUAAAGAUGGACAUCGUGAAGAAAGAAAAUUAUUCAAGUAUUCAGAAGACCCACUUUCUGAUUUCAAGAAAUAUGUGGAGUAUGCAAUCGAUACUUUUUGCUGGCCAGUCAGUCUACUUCGAUUUGAUUUGGGCGCAUUCAUAGCUCAAAGUAUUUCAAUUAUUGAUUGGCUUAAACCUCAUGUCGAGACUUUCACUUAUUUCUAUUUGCACAGUGAUAUUAUAUCAGAUGAAUAUGUGCCAUACUUCCUAAAUAAUAUCGAAGUUACCUGGAAUUUAGUCUUAAACACCAAAAUGAGUGAUAACUUCCAACUGAUUUUACCUCGGAGCAUUAAAGCAUUUGAAAUCCUUCAAUCAGAUUUCGUCACACUCGAUCAACUGUCUAGCUUUGAUUGCGAAUUUAUCAGACUUUGCAACACCAAAAUAUCGAAUCAAGAGCUCAACCAAUUCUUCAAAAACUGGAUGACAUCGAAGUCUAAUAUCAAUCUUCAAAAUUUUUCAAUUCACAUUGAGAACAUGGAAUCACUUGAAACGAUUUUAAAUCUACCGCAUGACCGGGUGGAUCCAGGAACUGUUCGAACAUUUCGCAGAUAUCGGCGCCCAUUUCACGUUGCAGGAGGAAUCGAUAUAAAAAGAGACGAUGGCAAAAUUACUACUUUUCUCUUAGAGCCCUAUAUGGAGUUUUUGCAUCUUGUUAUGAUUACUCGUUAA